GGAGUGGCUCCACGUGUUCCUAGAGUUGGAAGAGUGGCCCCGCUCGCGGUCGCUAAAGCUGAUCCGGACACUUGGGCGCGGCUAAUUAGAAUACUGACUGGGUCCGCCCAAAGGCCUUCACCCUGUGGCCUCUGACCCGGGAGGAUCUGCUGCUGGGCAGCUGAAUCUUCGCCGCUGAACUGACGGGGGCUGCCCGCCCCACUCCGUCAUGGAGACCGCCGGCACCCCUGAGGCUCCGGGGACAGAUUAAAAUGGUGGCUUGCUAUGGAUGAGGACUCCACUUCCGGUGGGGAGGGGGCGGGACCCCAGCCCGCUCACGCCGGAAGUGGUUCGGGUUCUCAAGAUGGCGACUCCCUAUGUAACUGACGAGACCGGCGCUACACCUCAGGAUCACUCCUUCCUGGACCUCAUCUGUGACACUACUUUCCUUGCAGGCAAGUACAUUGCCUCAACACAGAGACCCGACGGGACUUGGCGCAAGCAGCGGAGGGUCAAAGAAGGAUACGUGCCCCAAGAGGAGGUCCCAGUCUAUGAAAACAAGUACGUGAAGUUUUUCAAGAGUAAACCAGAACUUCCUCCAGGCCUGAGCCCCGAGGCCACUACACCCGUCACCCCAUCCAGACCUGAAGGUGGCGAAGUAGGCCUCUCCAAGACAGCCAAACGCAACCUGAAGCGGAAGGAGAAAAGGAGGCAACAGCAGAAAGAGGGAGAGGCCUUGAGCCGGACUCUUGAAAAGGUAUCUCUGGGAGACACAGCCCAAACGCCCAGUGCCCUCCAAAGCUCCCAAGGCGCCCCUCCAGCUGCCUCCGAUGCCUCCGACUCUGCCGCCACCACAGAGAAAGCCAAGAAGAUGAAGAACCUGCGGAAGAAGCUGCGGCAGGUGGAGGAGCUGCAGCAGCGCAUCCAGGCCGGCGAGGUCAGCCAGCCCAGCAGAGAGCAGCUGGAGAAGCUGGCCCGGAGGAGGGCUUUGGAGGAGGAGCUGGAGGACUUGGAGCUGGGCCUGUGAGGCUUCGGGAGUAGGGAGUGACUGCGGAAUAAACCAUGGGGUGCUCUGGGGUCCAGGGAGUGUGGGCCGCAGCAGCAGGAGGGGCACCCCCCAUACUGGCUCACUUCCACCUGUGGCCAACUCCGUCCUCCAGAGCCCUAGGCUCUCCUUCGUUCCUUCCCCUUCUCAGCUCCUAAUUUUGGACUUUUCCCCCACCCGUUCCCAGUGUUCAAAUUCUCAGUGAUGACCCUAGGUACUUCUGCUGCUGAUCUGGGUGUCUUGUUGAAACGAAAACCGGGGGGUGGGAGUCUGUUAGAGAUCUGAGGUUGAGGUACAGGAGUACCCCAAGUCUUAGAGCCCUCGUUCCUGUUCACAGUGUUUGAGUUAUUUCCCUGGCCAUCCCGAACCUCCUUUUUUUUUUUUUUUUUUUUUUUAAAGAAAGUAAGAAUAAAUUCAAGUAGACAGCAUGUGGUCAGGUAUGGCUCUGUUCUCAACUCUUUGUCAGUUUGCUGAAAGAAGACACUUUAGUUUAAAUUUGGUUCUAUUUUCAUUUUUUUAAAACGGUUUCUCCUGUAACAGUGCUCACUGUCCUGGCACUUCCUCUGUAGGCUAGGUAGGCCUUGAACUCAGAGAUCCGCCUGCCUUUGCCUUCUAAGUACUAGGAUUAAAGGUGUGUGCCACCACUGCCCAGCUUCAAGCUUAACUUUUUUAAUGGUGCUAGGGAUUGAACCCAGGGCCUUGCACAUGGUAGCUCUACCACUGGUCUACAUCCCUCCCUGGCCCUUAAUUCUUUUAAAAUUAUGAGUGCAGCUGGCCAUGGUCGUGAGCACCUGCACUAGGAGUGCCAGCAUUUCAGGACCAGCCUGCGCUGCAGGGUAAGACCAUCUCAACAACAAGUACUGUCUGACAAAGUUAGACCUCAGUAAACGGAAGUUAGUGCUGUUAUCCGUGAAAUUUAGAACAAAAUUAACUUGACAUUAAUGUCUGUGUUGUGCCAUAUAGCAAGGAGUCUGUUGUACCUUCCUCACUGCAUCUGAAGAUAAUUUUGAUUUACUUUGAAUGCCUAGAGUAGCUCUUGAAAUUUUACCUUGGAUGCUGCCUACGAUGACGGGGGGCGGGGGGGGGGGCAAAGUAAUGGUGUGUGUAGACACAUCCGGGAGAUCUGCCAUUCUGUGCAUGUUUCACCCAUGCUGCGCCUUUGGUUAUAGACUAGUGGGGAGGAAAGGGAGCAGCCUCAGCCAUGCCUAGCUCUCAGGAAUUCAGGAGCCCCACAGAAACCAACCCUAUUACAUCCUUGCCCUCUCUCCAGUCUUUUCUUAGCGUCUAGAUCUUUGGGAAUCCCUCCCUUGCCGUUCCCCUCACCCUAAACAUUAAGCCACCCAUCUCUUGGGUGUUCAUGUGUGUGUAUGCACAUGUGUGUGUCUGUGUGCCCACAAAUGUGGAGGAGCCAUGCACCCUGUGUUUUUGAGUCUAGGACUCACUGACUGUACUCCGCUGGCUGGCUAGUAAGCCCCAGGGACCCGUCUGUUUCUGCCUCCUUAGACCACACCCCUCAGGGGUGACGUCAGCCUCUUUAGAUCACACCCCCAGGGGUGACCUCAGCCUCCUUAGACCACACCCCCAGGGGUGACGUCAGCCUCCUUAGACCAGCCCCCCAGGGGUGACCUCAGCCUCCUUAGACCAGCCCCCCCAGGGGUGACCUCAGCCUCCUUAGACCACAACCCCCAGGGGUGACCUCAGCCUCCUGCUCGCACCUCUUCCCUACCUGGAACUGUAGCUCUCAGUGCUCUAUUGUGCUUGUUUAGUCUUCAACCACUGCUCAGACCCGCUGCUAAACUAGUUUGAGACAGAAUCUCUGUGCAACCUAUGCCAACUUGGAACUGGAAUUCACUAUGUAGAUCAGGCUAUGGUCUUCCUACAUUUACUUCCUCAGUGCUGAGAUUACAGAACCUAGCAGUUCAAUUCUCAAAUAUCCAAUGAAAUAAGGCUCUGAACCAUGCAUAGAAAAGAACACAGGUUAUAAUAAAUACUUCACUGGGACCAAAAAGAGACCAAAAGCCCGAGUUCCCUUUUGUAGGAACCCGGGAAUUACUUUAUACAUAGUUUCUGAUAUUGUACAUGUAUGAUAUACAUACACAUCAUACAUGGUUAAGUUCCUGAAGGGUAGGGUAGGGGUGAAGUUAGACGGCAGAGUGCUUACUUAGUAUGGAUGAAGCCCUGGAUGUAAUUCCCAGAACAACAUAAAGCAUCAGGA